AUGACAGAAGCUGCAGCCUGGAGCUGCUGCCGCUGCUGUGGGAGCUCAGCUCAGCUCAGCCCAGCUCAGCUCCGCUCCGCUAACUGGCGCAGACCUCACUGUUGAGUCAACGUAACAUCUGCUCUGUUGUAGCGAUGACAUAGCGGCUGCAGCAGCUAGCGUCGCCCUCACACCUGGACCGGACCGGACCGCACUGUCUCCGCUCUGCCGUCGCUUCACCUCACUUUAGAGCAGUUAUUUGCGUGAGCUGGACACACCGCAAAUUAGUCACCAAUGCUCCCAGAGAGCUGCCCUCGCACAGAUUUCGAUCUAAAUUGCUGCAAGCUAGCGUUAGCUCUCUGCCGCUACCCUUCAGACAUUGAAGUGGCCACAUAAACAUGCGGAUCAUCGAGACGCAGAGCCCGGGGACACCUCUAACGUUGAACGCUUUCUGCAGGACUCGAGCUUCGACUGGCCGCUGACCGGACUCUGCACAGUCUCUGCAGAGGGGGAGAGAGCGACAGAUCUCUAGGACCAGAUUGCCCGCUGAACUUUGCACCUCUCAGACACAUCUCCAGGGACCAUGCUGACCAUCCUAGCUGCUGGGUCUGUGUUCUUUCCCGGUCUGUUCUUACUGUCCAAGCAAUGCCUCAAGUCCAUCCCAGCACUGAGAUGGAGCGAAGGAGAUGCAGUCAUCGUGUCUGCCAGGUUGGUGUCGUCAGUUCAGGCAGUCAUGGCUUCCUCAGCUGGCUACAUCAUUGCUUCCUCCUGCGAGGACAUCAUUGAGGACCGACACUGGCUGACCAGCACUUACAUCAUGUUUGCUGUCCCCUACUUUGUCUACGACAUUUAUGCCAUGUUCAUGUGCUACUGGUACAAGCUGCGGGUCAAAGGGCACGAGGAGGCCUCGGCAGCACCGCAGCAUAUGAGCUCUGCGCUGACCAGCUACUUGCGGCGCGAGUUCCUCAUGGUGCUGCACCAUGUUGUCAUGGUCACCGUCUGCUUCCCAGUCUCUGUGUUCUGGAGACAAGGACGGGGGGAUUAUUUCCAGGGUAUAAUGUUCAUGGCUGAACUCAGCACUCCGUCUGUCUGCUUAGGAAAAAUACUUAUCCAGUACAAACAGCAACACACUCUCCUGCACAAAGUGAACGGAGCUCUAAUGCUGAUCACUUUUUUCAUCUGUCGAGUCCUCCUCUUCCCUUACCUCUACUACGUCUAUGGAAGGUACGCCUCUAUCCCAUUCCACAUGGUUCCCUUCUCUGUGCCGUGGCACUGUAACCUGGGUGCCUCCCUGCUUAUGGCCCCGCAGCUCUAUUGGUUCUCCCUCAUUUGCAGGGGAGCUCUGCGACUAUUCUUGGGCUCCUCCCGCUCCCAGAGACCACGCCCAACGACGGCCUCGCCAAAGGAGCGCCGGAAGGACGGGAGCGCUCUGCCGCAGCCCGCCAACGGCUACAGCACCCGCUCCACAGAGCCCGAGCUGGCCACUCACUGAGAGGAGUGGAGGGGGAGGGAGGGAGAGGGAGGGAGGGGGAGGGCGAAUGUACCAAUGAAGUUUGUUAAAGGAAAGAAAGCUGUGAAAGGGAAAAGUGAGACUUGAAAAAUGUAGCAAUAUGAAGAAAGCUACAGACGACGGCCUCAAAUAGUGCUGAAGUGUUUGGGGGCCGGCAGCCACACUGACGCCCAGGGGCCACACUGAGGCCCUGGGGCCACACUGGAGCCAGUCUAAGUCUUAGAACCACUUCUUUUUAUUUGAUUGUCUGCCACGCUGCGUCUCUCAGAUCCUUCACUGAUUCUCUCUGCUUGUGUCUGGUUCAUAUCAAAAACUGACCUUUGACCUCAGUGUCAAUGACUAUAGGAAUCAAAUUGAACUUAUGUAGCGCCAAAUCACAACAUCCAUGAUCUGAAAGGCACUUUCUAAAGUACGGCUGAGACAUCACUGGCGUUUACUGUGAGACCUUUGCUGGACUGUAGUCGGUCUGCAAGUAAGAAUGAUUAUUGUUCCCCAAACCUGGAAACAAUGCUGUUCAUAAAUGUAAUAUUUUAUCCACAAAACAAAAUAAUGCUUCUCACCUCGAAAACAUUUCCUGUGUCUCUAAACAAAAUCUUCUCUUUUUAAAUAAAUAAAACCGGUGAGAUGAGGUGGAGCAGCUCAGAGGUGUGCAGACGCAUCUCCAGCCCUGGCAGGUUGUGCUCCAGUCCCUUGUUUGGAUAAAAGCGUCUGCUAAAUGCACAACGGUAAAUGUAAUGUCAGUGCACAUGAAUCAUUACAUGAUUACAUGAAUCCGUUACAUCCAGUUGAAAUAGCCUAAACCAAGUCUCCUGAUGUCAUGUUCUCUAUUAGAACACAGGAAAUAUCGAUACACCUUUUAAAAUGACGCUAACUUUAACUGAUGUGGGACGGAGCCAUAAUAAUAAUAAUAGAUCACUACAUACACGUAUGAGUUCUUGCUAAUAUUUAAGACUUGGGGGUCGGCCAAUAUUUUUGCAGGGCUAGUUAUACAUAUAUACUUUAUAACUAGUCAAAAUAACUGAUUUUGACUAGUUAUUGAGGCCAAUGUCAAGGAAAAAGCCUAAAGACGAUGCAUUUACAGUUAAAAAAAAAAUCGAAAUUUUAAUAUUUAUCAAUACUUUUUACAUUAGGUUUAAAUUUAAAACAAAUAAAAUGAGGUGUUAACGUCUUAUGAGAUCAGUGAAAGAAAUCAUGUUGCUUGGUGAGAGAUCGUUGAAGUUCUUGUCAGUUGUCAUCAGUUGUGUUUUCUGUGAUCAGAUAAUGAUCAGGUAACAUUUAACCCUGGUGAUCACAGUCCUCGCCCUUUUGUAGAUUUUCUGCAGCAGACCAUAGUGUUGCAUGUUGUUUUUGUUGUUUUUUUUUGCCACAACAACAACAACAACAACAACGUUAGCCACACAUGAAGUUGUGCUAUUGUACGGACUCCUCUUUGCUUUUCGAAGCAGGAGGAGGCGAUGACGACGUUGUGGGUGGAGACGAUACCAAUCCGUCCACGGGUGUUUUUACACCUGUGUUUACACCUGUGUUUACACCUGUGUUUAAGGCGCCAUGUGAUCACAGAAAACACAUUUGAAUGCCUAAGAGACUGCAGCAGGGUCUUCUACGUCAUUCAGUCACAGAAUUGAAAUGAGUGUUUCAGAGCAUCCACAAGGACAACAGCAAAGACAUUGUCCAUGCAGAGAUCACAUGCAUGUGUCAUGCACGCUGUCAGGGCUGACCACAGCAGACUGUUGCCUCACUCCCCGUCUCCAUGAACCUUAAGUUCUUCUUUUAAGUGCGCGUCACUCGCCGCUCACACUAGCGUCCCGUGUGGCCCAGACUUAGUGGCCGGGUGAUUCGGUUGCCGGCCGACUUGUACUUCAGCUCAUUUGUGGGACAGUGAAAGGAGUGAUGUUUUGACACUGGAGUAUUUUCAUGAUGUCGUCAGACACUGUGACAGACGGGAACACGCACUGACACCUGAGAGGAAUCUGCCGGACGUAAGUAUGUAUGUAUAGUGAGCAUAGGUGGCUGUUUCCCUCAUGUAGAUCAAACUCUGAGCUCUCUGCCUGUGCAGGAGAGCUGGAAAUGAAACUAGGAAUGUAUUAUAUUGUAUGUUAGUACAUUUGCUGUAGACAGAAGGUCUCUUUCACUUUAGUCUUGAAGAAGACCUUAAAAAAAGUUAAAAAAAAGGCAAAAAGAUUCUCCUGGCUAAGCAGUAUUUUGACUUGUUAGUGUUUAAUUAUCUGUAUCCUCUAUGUAAUCACUGUCACUCUAACACAAAUGUAACCAACCUGCAGACUGACUCAUCUGUAGACGGGAGACUGUAUUCUGCUGCCUUAUCCCUUCUCACCCUUGUUUACUUUUCUUUAUGUCUUUAUUUAUUUGUAUCCUCGGAGGAGAUUUCCCCCCUCGGGCACAAUCACGUGACAGGUUUACGUCGCCAAUGUAAUGGAAUAGUCCACAUGUUUCCAUGUCAGUAUUAGCCCCUCCCCCUCGGGUUUUUGUUACAUUUGGAGUUUUCGGCCGCUCGGUGAAUGCAGACGAGCCCUAACGUUACACGUCGCUGCUUCCUGUUUCAGUGUAGAUACGACUUCAUUCCACUUCCUGCCGUCGCUGCUGUUCGCUUCCACAGUAGCUGCCGCUUUAAACCCAAUCGUUCUUUUUCUUCGUUAAAGGGAUAGUUCAGUUUUUUGUUAGUGUCAGUUUUCCCUCAUUGGCAGCCCUGUUUCCUAUGGAAGCCAAACUCUUGGUGUUUCUCACGAUCGAGGACCCUACCUUAGGAGAGAGGAUUCUUCCAAGUCUUGAGCCGUACAGUGAGCGUACUAGCAAGUGUGUGAAAGGCUGCAUUGAUUGCUGAGGUUCUGAGGUGGAAGGAUUCUUCCUUGAGCUUGAGAAACGCCUCCUGUGUCACAGGCUUGUGUCCGUACCUCAAAAAAAGGACCCUGAACUGUCCCUUUUUAAGCGCUGAUGUAAAUCUCAUUGAAUUGGCUGAAUGUUUUCUAAAGGGAUUCAUCAAAGCUCCACAGUCAUUUCCUCGUGCUCCGCCUUCAGCACAUUUUCUUCUAGCUUGAUGCUGAUUUUGCUCAUUUUCUUUAAAAAAAAAAAAACCUAACCACUGAAUUCUUGUAUGAAUUGCUCUGAUCACUGAGCCGCUGGUUCCAUGAACCGUCACUGAACAAACGGGCUUGUUUUGUUUUGUUUUGUUCGUUUAAAGCAGCUACACUGUCCUGGAAAUGGGUCAAAAAAAAAAAAAAAAGAGAAAGCAUUAAACUCAGAAACCAUGCGGACAGGGCAGCGCGUGCCAAACUAAACUGUGGGCAUGUUGGACACAGAGAACCCCCCCCCCACCCCAUGACCUAAUACACCAUAACCGCUUCUUGACAAAUACAAAAACAUUUCAACCGAUGUACUGUAUAUUAUUCCACAAGAAAAUGCUCGUUAUUUAUUUGUAAGUAUUUAUUUAUUUAUUUAUUUAUUUGGUUUGUGGUUUUUUGAAUGCAUAUUUAUGCAGACAUACUAUACUCUGUGCUUCUGAGCCUUGUAUGAAGGCGCUAUUGUUACUCCAACUUAGCUAAAAAUAUACUUCUCUGUCCUGA